AUGUCUAAGCUUCCUCCGCUCUCCCACUCUCCCUAGAGUGCGCUGCAGACAUUGAUUCAACCUGUCAUCUGACGCUUUGUUACAGAGUCGAUCUUGCGAGCGGUAUCUUGUCUGUGGUUCAUGUAGGCCACCUAACUGCGAUGUCGGACGCCGCGAGUAUGCAUGUAUGGACCACCCGGCUGUCGACAAAUGGACAAGUAUACGUUCCUGAGCUUCGAGAGCAGCGGUCGUCGCGGGCGACUCGGAUCAUUGACGACCCCAAACGACUGCUGUUCCUCUCUGUCCCACGCACAACGUCUGACGACGUUGAGGGCAUCAUUCGUCAAAGGGUAUCCGGUUUGAUAGUGCAUGGGCUAUCGUGGGACGGACAACGAUAUGCCUUUCUAGGGUUCACCGACAAACAUGUGACAGAAGGCACGCUAGUACUCUUCCGCGAAGACAGUGCUUGGACAGCGUCUCGGUUUCUGCAAGCACUGGGCAAUCUGAACACCGUCUAUACGAGGAGUGGCUACGGGAGAUUUGCAGUCUGUUUGGGAUUGUCGUUUGCUGUCACGACAGAUGUACUUGACGUUCCGAACGAGAGAGUGGCUGUGCUCGAUGACCUAUAUAGCCCGGACGGUUCUCUGUACACAAAGAGUUGCGGCAUCAUCCGAGACUCGGUCGCCAGGCGCAUCUGCGAGAAUGCUCGAAUACCUCCGGAUACCUCAGUUUUCCUCAUGCAACGUGGCGGCUGGACAGGGGAGUUCGUUCGGUAUCCAGAUGAUACCUUCUCAAGGUUGUGCUCUGCCGCACGUGGGCUUGCGGGGCAGGGCCCAAGCAUCGAAGACUGUUGGAUCGCUUGUCGGCGCUCCAUGUGUCUCCAUGACGGACAGAUUACCACGCUAGAGAUCCUGGGAUGUUCUCGUCGCACGGGACCCGCGCGGUUAACCGCCGAAACAAUUUUGAAGCUGUGUACGCUUGGGACGACAAUGAAGAUUGAACAGACAGUCGAAGAGCUACUUGAAGAUGAACUCAGCGCGAUAGCGAGUAUCCCUCGUGAUCUCGAACAAGCUACGCGUUGCGUGACGAAUGAGCUACAAGCGUUACCUACUGUCUUCAACAGCGAAUUACACUCCGUCCUCCUAGCGAAGCAUGAUCUCAAGGAGUGCUACGUCGAAUGGAUGCUCAAGAUAUUUCAGCAUCAGCAGUAUCAAAGCCUCCAACAGAAUCUGAGCGUCCACGUCGAGGAGUCAGCUCGCUUGUAUGGAGUCAUCGACGAGGAGGGGAUCCUCGGAGAAGACGAGGUCUUCGUCAAUCUAUCUGGGGGGAAAGGAGUUCUGUCAGGCCGCCGUCUGUUGGUCAUAAGAGAGUCGUCUCUUUCUAUUGCAGAUGUCUGGAACUUCAAGGCAGUGCGUUGCGAGCGCUUGAGACAUCUCACGAACUGCAUAGUCUUCUCGAGGAGGUCGAAACAUGCUGUUCUUCAAUCGGUCGCAGCAUUAGCUCCUGAUCAGCACCAGUACUUCGUGACCUGGAAUCCCAGCCUUGUCGUUCCCACUCAAACAAUCACGACUUCCUGCCAAUCUCGCAUGGGUAGCCGGUGGUGCGAUAUCAAGAUUGAGGGUUCGGCCAAAAUCGUGGGCAGCGCAGCGUUGGAUACCUUCAUGCUGCACAAGUUCGGCAUGCUCAAGGAGGAUAUGAUGAAGCGCUGGUAUGAAUAUGCGACACGAUCUGAGGCAUUGGCCCACGAUUCUCAAGCUCAAGCCUUGCAGCCGCUGAUUGACUGUACCCUUGACGGCCUGCACAGCUCAGCUUUCAUGCGGACGCUCCAAGAGGAAUUCAGCGCUGUACAGCAAGCCGACCGAGCGGGACAACGACAACUCCACUUCACUAAUCCCCUCGAUAAGUUGCGUGCGCGCAUACCGAAGUGCGAAACUCCGGCAAUCGUUGGCUAUGCAUUCGAUCCCAUCUUGGAUCUCAGAGAUCAUGACGAACACGCCUGGGAUGACUCCUACAGAGAGGCAACGGAUGUCUACUGUAGGUUCUGCCAAGAUCUCGAAGAAGCCUUGAAGCGAGAUGGGAUGGCUACCAGCGACGGCCACGGGGUCCUAACGCAUGGCAUCAGUACGUCGUACAGCCACGCUGAUGGUGUCUUUGCGAGCUAUCGUGGUCGAUACUUCGAAGGAGACUCGUCGUUCACCAAGCACAUCCAAUCGAUCCGGGCAUCCGCAUGGUACUACUUUGGAUACGCACAGAAGAAUCCUGCUUUUGCUUGGCUUGGCCUUGCAUAUCUGAACCGAAUCCGCAACGACCGGGUCACACAAGGCCCAUCAACGUCCAUCGGAGCAGCAUCCGGUGCUCUUGGGGGAACCACAUCGUCUACUUCCAGUGCCAGUUGUGUCUCGAGCACAGCUACUGUCGUUGGAAUGUCCCUUUCUCUCAAGGAGGCAGCAUCACGCGGUGCACGACGCGCUCAAGAAAAUCUGCGUUCUGUAGAGAAGAACCCCACCCCACGUUAUCCCGUCGCCUCAAAUCCGCCGCCAUGCGUCAACGCUCCUGAACACAAAUGGAGAAUGGGCCCCACAAAUGGAUUCGCACGACGUUACGACUGUGAGACCUGCGGUGUCAGAGUAAAGGAGCGUAAGGAAGGAGUAUAUUGGGUCGAGGAUGUCGUCACUUCGGCGAAGGCGGCCCAGGGUCCAAGACGAAUUGCCAAACUUCCUCGGCCUAUCAAAGUUGCAAACGCUGGACGUGAACCCGUGCAGCGCGGAGUGGAAGCUCCUUCGGUGAAGGGAGAGGAUAUCGACGAUAAGAAGGGCAUACUCAACCCGGCAGCGACAUCUGCACGCGCGAUUGGAACUAGCCCCAAGUCACUCAAGGAUAGCUCACAGCGCGAUGUCAAACCUGUCCCCAGCUCGACGGCGAGAGGACAGCCUUCCACUACUAACGGAUCUGACCUUGUCUGCAACAAUGCGAAGCCCUCUGCACCUGUCGCUGCACAUCCUGGCCUUGCAGAAUGCCGGUCGGAUCAGCAUCUAUGGCAUUGUCGCUGGGCUAAUGGGUAUGCGAGGCACUACAUUUGCAAGUGGUGUUCAAUUGUGGUGAAGGAACACAAGCGUAACGAUCGGUGGGUUGCUUACUGACGAUGAUGAGCGACAUCGAGAGUGCGAAGAUGGCUAUGUGAACCGUAUUCCUGUGUUGUUACAUGUUCCGAUCGUCCGGCCUGUACAUGUAGGAUGAAGCUGCUCCAUUAUCUGUGUUGUUGGUCCAACUUUUGCGCUGUACACGUACUGUAUGUACAAAUAGUUAGUCGUUCUGAGGCGAGAGGGCCGCAGAAGUUCCAGUCAGACUAUCUGUAUCAUGCCAGCCAGGUCACGUAUGUCUGCAACGACGUACGCGUUCGUGGGAUCACCACGGAGGCACG